CCCAUUCGGUUAGUUUCGCUCAUACGCGUUGGAUGCCAGUUGCCCAUCGGUACGUUUCCGUUGCUGUCUUUAUUUUUCGUGUACUCGAAACCAUAAGCGAAAGACAUUAAAUCCAACAAAAUGAAGAACCUUAUGUUCUUUCUGUUACUGGUACUGCCCACCAUUAUUUGCACCUUCAGCGCGCCAAACAAAUUCGGUGCCUAUGCGGCCGAGGCUGUCGAAGAUGAUCUAGUUGAUGUGGAUAGCGAAGAGGGUGCUGUGACGGGCGAGGAUGCUGAAGCGGAUGAGGAGUCUGACAGCGGGAGCAGCAGUACCUCACCCAACGCAGACACCUAUCUACUGUUUACAAAGCCACUGCAUACUGCUGGCCAACAGCUGGAUCUGCCCGGAGGCAAGCCCGUCGAGUUCUUGAUUGGCUUUACCAACAAAGGUCAGGAGGAAUUCGUAAUCGAGUCUGUGGAGGCCUCCUUCCGUUAUCCCAUGGACUUCAACUACUUCAUUCAGAACUUCUCUGCCGUGGCGUACAACCGUGAGGUGAAGCCUGGCUUUGAAUCAACUGUCUCGUAUACGUUCCUGCCGUCUGAUCAGUUUGCUGGCCGUCCCUUUGGCCUAAAUAUUGCCCUGGCGUACCGUGACGCCAACGGCAUCCAGUAUAACGAGGCUGUCUUCAAUGAGACUGUGCUGAUUUCUGAGGUGGACGAGGGCUUGGAUGGCGAGACAUUCUUCCUGUAUGUACUGCUGGCGGGCAUUGUUGUCCUGCUACUGGUCAUUGGACAACAGUAUCUGCUGGGUAGCUCUGGCAAGCGCAAGCGUGCCGCCGCUAAAAAGGUAAUUGAGACCGGCACCGCCAACGACAGCAACAUUGAUUACGACUGGGUACCUCAGGAGACACUGCGUGCGCUGCAAAAAUCGCCGCCCAAAUCAAAAACGCCAAAAACAUCGCCCAAGCCAGGCAAACAGGCCAGUCCCAAAGCAAGCCAACAAAGCCCCAAGCAGCGCAAGGUGAAGCGCUCUGCGGGUGACGACUAAAGACUGCGUAGCCUGUCAAGCUGCACCAAACAGCCCACUCACACACAAACAUCCAUUCAUACAAGAACAUCCAACAUUUGCUUGCAGUCUAAUAUUAUGAUUAAUACCUUUUUUUUUUUUUUUUGGUCAAUUGCGAUUGACAAUGUAGAGAUUGUUAGUGUUUACACAGAGAUGACAGCCAGGUUCCGUGCUGUUCAAAGUUUAAAAUAUUUGUAAACGUUAGCAAAUUGGUUUUUUUUAUUUUCGAUUCGAACUGCCACUGCUGCAAGUACAUACUCCAAAACGGGCCUAACUUUGUGCCACGCCGCAUAAUUGUCUUCGUUUGUUGAAGAUCGCAGGGCGAGAGCAAAAGCAUCCAAUUAUAAAUAGACAUUAAAUAAGCAUUUUUAUUUUUUAUUUCUUGCGUUUUUCGAAAGAUGAAUGUUUAUUUUGUUUGCAUACAUGUAUCUUUAGCUAGAGAUCCGUUGUCUGCACAUAGCACAUAGCAUAUAAAGAGGAAAAUUUCCCAAAAAGUAAUAAAAGAAAAAAUGUGAGAAGUUAUUAAUAAA